CAUUUCAAUGAAGUUGUUGUCAUAGCAACGAUAUCGAUUGAUGUUCUCUUAUCGAUAACUGAUGACGACAGCUGUUUGCUCUUGACACCCCUUUGCAAAACAUUUUUGUUUAGUUUUUUCCACUGCAAAUAAAAUAAAAAUGUCCCAAGAGGUGGAAGAAACUUUGAAACGCAUACAGGCACACAAAGGUGUUGUGGGAACAAUUGUGGUCAACAAUGAAGGCAUUCCCGUCAAAUCCACAUUGGACAAUACCACCACUGUCCAAUAUGCCGGCCUAAUGAGCCAACUGGCCGAUAAAGCCCGUAGUGUGGUACGUGAUUUGGAUCCCUCCAAUGACAUGACCUUUCUCCGAGUUCGUUCAAAGAAGCAUGAAAUUAUGGUUGCACCCGAUAAGGACUUUAUUUUGAUUGUCAUACAAAAUCCUACGGAUUAGUUUAAUGUAAUACUCCUUCUUCUUUCACUAAGCCUGUAGUAUUGGAAAUUUUGAGUGGGCAUUUUAUAUGCCAUGCAUAAUAUAAAUACAUACAUAUUUAAUUUUACCAAA